GCAUGCAGACUUCCGGUUUCAGAGGGGAAAUAGAGUUGGAGGAGUAAGAUGGCGGUGUCCUGUGGCGAUUCCCAGGUAAUGACUGGGAACUCGGAGGGAGAUGUGGAAGAGGAGGAGGGAAACAAACAUGACCAAGAUAAUAGCCAGGAAUACAUGCAGGGGGUUUCAGAUGAAAACAAUGGAACCGGUAAGCCUUGUGGGGAGGAAACCGAGGCCAAUGGUGAGGCUAAUAAUUUGCUUGAAAAAGCCCUAAAAGAAGCACAGCGAUUGGGAAGACGUGAAGACCCACAAAUCCAAGAUCCAUCAGAUGUGAGCGGACCUCUCCUGGAUAUGUUUGUUGCAAUCGUCAAGAGCCACGUACCAAUCCGAAGUCAGCAGAUAGGGGAGCCGGAGUUCAGCCAUGACCAGAAGAUGUCCAUACUGCUCGACUUGUACAAUUCUAAGCCUCUCAUCUUUCUCGAGCGGUUCCGAAAAGUUCUUAAAGAGGAACAUCUGUGGUGCUUCAGCUACCUGACCGGUGACUACACUGCUGAUUUUUACUUCAGGGAGAUUCGCAAAGCUUCUCAGAAGAAAGUCAAUCACACUAGAGUCCGCAACAAAAGAUACGCUGCUCUGCAACAGCUUAUAUCAGCUGGCGAGUAUUUCAGUAAUGAAGAGAUGCGGCAACGGGACCCUCUAAUGUAUGAACACUAUGUGGGCCAAUACCAGAGCGAGGAGGAGAUCAUGUCACAGAAUAGUCGGGAUUUGGCUCAGGCCAACAGCCUGUCUGAUGUCCUUCUCGACUCCUGCCAGGAACAGAUCAUACAGAGGAAGCUGGAGGUGCAACGUGAACUGGAGGAGAACUGCGAGGAGGAGGAGGAAGACGGUACAGAGGAGGAAGACUCUGAGCUACAGUCAGACGAGGAGCGUACUGUGGACAGUGAAGAGAAGGAUCUGAUGCGUGAAGAAUUUCUCACUCGCAUGUACCAGAGCUUUUUGGAUGGAAAAGAUAAAAAUUUUAACUACAGUGAAGUCGAUGACAAUCCAGAUUUUGAUAACUUGGACAUUGUCACGCGAGAUGAAGAAGAACGGUAUUUUGAUGACGAUGAUCUGGAAGUCAUGGAUGAGCAAAGAGAGGAAGAAGAGAGUAUGGGUAGCAUCGUGUGAUUGCUUUGCUUAGUAGUGGUUGGUUACAUUCAACCUGGCCUGUUCUGAGAUGAGAAUUUUUUUGCUGCUCAUCCAAAUUGAUUUCUCAGCUCUAAUGAUUGUCAGGAAUAUACUGGAGUACGUUCCUGACACUCAUUACAAGUGAAGAAUCCACUUGGAUGAAACAUCACAGAACAAGUCCAGUUGCAUGUGACUAACUACUAUGGACAAUGCCAUGACCUGGAUUAAUGAAAAUCUUCAGACAAGUGAUUGCCUUAGACAGCUUCAUAAGCUGCUGACAACCUGGCAUGUGGCUAUAUGUGAAGACCUGACAACAUUGCCCAACUGCCACCCAGAACAGUCUUCUUCUCCUUGACAAUGUGUAAUGACCACAAGAGGGCAGCAGAUUCCAAGCUGUGAUUUAUUUCUGUAUUUUGCAGAGAUCUAUAGGAGUCGCUGGUUUUAUUGCCAGUCUUUUCUUUAAUACCUCUCCUGUGUUCCACACUCAGACAGCUGUAGACCGGUAGCUGGUCCUCAUAAAGAUAUUCAGGCAAUUUAUGGGAAAACCGGGACCUGUUAUACAUGAAGCAGACUGUAACGAUCACCAAUGGAAACAUUGCGGUGUUCAUGAACGUUUGCAGUGUUGCAGAAGGAAGAGAGGAUUGUUGGCCAUUUACUGUUAACAGAUUAUGUUGGAUAAACUUUGAAAUGUUUUGCUGUUUUUUUUUUUUAUCUUUGUCAAUCUGCCCUUUGGAACAAAACUUCUGCUUAAAUAUUUAAGAGAUUAAAAUUUAGUUUUAUGAGUG